AUGCCCAAGAACCACAGGAAGGUAGCAGCCGCUCACGCUAGGGCCGCACGAUGGUCAGCUCCAACAGCUCCAACUGCCGAGCACAGUAACUCCACUCUUCAAGCCACCCCCGCACAAACCUAUUCCGAGUUGCAGGAACAAACAUCAGAGCCGUCCAAACUCUGUGGCAGGGAAGUUAACCUGAUAGAGCUGGACUCCGAGUAUGAGUGUGGUUAUACUGGGGGUGUCAGUUGUUAUUGGUCAGAUACAGGUGAUGAAUAUGAAACAGACUUGAAUGCUGAUAGCGAAAGGUCGGAGUGCGAUAGCCUCUGCGAGCUGGAGGGCAGCGAGCUUGAGGAAAACUUGAGGGAGCUCCAAGAAGAGGUCAUAGCCCUGGGCACAUCAGUGGACAGUUUGUUCGACAAGAUAUCCAAGCCGAAGACAGGCGCAGUUUGGAAGAAGGCAGAACGGAACAGAUCACUUGGAUACAAUGGGCUCUCGGGUCGUACUCAGCGGCGGAGGGAUAAGGCAGCACGAGACCAAGCUGAACAACAAAAGAAAAUGAAGACAUCGUAUGUAUGA